UCUGGUUGUCGUGAGUGCAUUCGAGCGGCAUUUGAUCGUUCUAGGGAUUAUAGACUUUUCAACAGAAUCCUAUGACACAACCAACGCGAUCCUCGAUAUAAGAUACAGCUUAAAAAGAUCAGGGCAAUGCUAUCAGGUAUAGGAGUUUCCAAAAAAGUGACAUGCCCGGAUUUUGAGUUGGCAACAGUGUCAGAGCUCGAGUGAGAAAGAGACACAGCUAUACGAACACGAAGGACGGUAUUUUCAAGGAAGUUGCAAACUGUCAAAUAAAAAAUUGAACUGGACAACAUCAUCCUUGCGAAAACUUGUAACAGUCAAAAAGUUCACGGAGACGUAGUGGAGGCUCAAUAUGGUCUUGAAGGAGGUUGAGAAGUUGCUUGAUGAGCUCGAGAAGGCAGAACUUGAGGCACCUAAUGGAGGCGCAACACCACAGACUUAUACCCAGCUACUGGCGGUUUACCUAUACCAAAAUGACAUAUGCAAUGCUAAAUAUUUGUGGAAACGGAUACCGGCCAACGUCAAGGCAAACAGCAAUGAACUUCAGCAGGUCUGGUUAGUCGGGCAGCGAAUGUGGCAACGCGACUGGCCUGCAGUACAUGCAGCUCUGAGCACUGAAUGGAGCGAAGACAUAAACAGCAUUAUGAAUGCUCUCAAAGAAAAUGUUCGAGAACGCGCGGUAAUAUUGAUAUCAGAGGCAUAUUCCUCGUUGACGCUGAUCACGUUGGCCAGCAUGACGGGACUGUCGGCGCCAGAAGCGCAAACUCUUGCUACCGAGAGGGAAUGGAAAAUCGAGGGUGACAUGGUACAGCCGAAGAGAAUAGAUAAGGACUAUCAUCUUGGCCAAAACAGCCUCACUGAGGACCAGCUCCACAAGCUUACGCAGUUUGUUUCGUUCCUGGAAAAUUAAAAUAUCUCCAAGUCCGUUUGCGAUACAUGAAUCGCAUUUAAAAUACUUCUAUAUCGUAAUUUAAUGAUCUCUUGUCAUAUAAAGUGUAUAAUUAUUCAUGAUAUUAUUAUUACUGCUAUUAUUACUAGUGAAGAGAAUCUACCUCAUCAUAUUUCAUA